AUGUACACAGAUGUUAUUGAUUUUGGAAUUAAGGUUAAGGUUUUAUUUUCAGGUAAUGAUUCAGAAUUAGACAUCCCAGGAAUUGAUCUCUCAAAAUACGUUCGAGACCCACGCUCAUAUAACCCUAUAUUGUACAUACACAAAAAGCUGUUGCCAUAUGCAAAAAACGAGAUAAAAAUACAAGACUGUAAAAAAGUAGAUAAAGGUAUUCAGUUCGAUCAUGAAAAAUUCCAGCCUAAAUACAAAACUAAGAUUAUAAACCACAACAACGAUCCAGUAGUAGAGCAAACUAUUAAAUUCGCUAAAGAAAUUAUUCCUAUAACUAUACCGCCUUCCACUGAUGCGUCGACCGAACCUAUUUAUUUUAUAAAAAGUAAUAAAUGUCAGAAAAGAAAAAAAACCGAUAGUAAAUUACAUCAAAAAAAUAAUGCGGCGUGUGAAAAAGAAAGAUCGCAUAACUUUACCGAUGAAGUAAAUAAAACGAAUCAAACUUUUAGUGGAAGGGAAUCGCUUAGUCGUUCCUCCCAUAACAACACUAUAGACGAUAUACAAGAAAAUAGGUCAUUUUCGUGUUCCCUAUCAGAGCAUUCUGAAAAACGCAAUCUGAAAAGAGAGAAAUUCUUACAGAAGUGUAAAGACAACGACGUUCGCAUGAUCGCUUCAGAGUCAUUUGAAGCUUUAGCGGAAAAUUUAAACUCUUCCGGCGAUGCAAAGAUAAAAAUACAUCUUAUGAAUGGGAAAGACAAAAGCCUUCUUUGUGAGAGUAUAAGAACGCCGGUGAUUAAAGCGAUACGAGAAUGUAUAUUAGAAACACAAAACACGAGCGAAGUAAACUUUGAAUUGAAAAACAUACAAAGUACCGUCAAAAAUAACACACACAAAUUGGAUAUCAUUUUAGAGAAAAUUAACAAUAUCGAGAAAAAAUUAGAACUGCUUAACGAUGGUGUGCGUAUGCCAAAAAUAUCGAAAUUGGAGGAAUUAGAACAAGAUGUAAUAUUACGAGAUAGCACUUCAGAAGAAGAGCUAGCACAAAUUCAUUUUAAUAAAAAGAAAAAAGUUAAAGUUAUUACAUUAAGUCCCAAGCACGAGGAAGUUGAAAUAGAAGAUAGCGUGAGGAAACUAGAUCGUGGUGAAUUCCCAAGUCAAUUUCAGUCGUCAUCUCAAUUGAAUGUCAGGUCUGAGAACCCUAGUCGAAUUCCUGCAAGGUUUUGCUGGACAGAUGUUGGGAACCAAUAA